AGAUCUAUCCAACGUACGUACAUAAGCUGCAUGUAGUUUAUACUUUAUACCAAAAGAAAAAACACCACAAAAAAAAGAUACAUGUGGCUAGCUGUCAAACAAAACUCAAAACACUAAUCUCUUAUAGUCUUAUAACACGUCUUUCCUUAUAUAUAUCGACCUAGCACCACUUACUAUAUUCAUUAAUUAACAUUCUGCUUCAUCAAAAAGAAAGAGACACAAAGAGAGGGAUGGAAGUAAUGCGAGUUCUUCACAUGAACAAAGGAAACGGUGAAACAAGUUAUGCCAAGAACUCCACCGUUCAGAGCAACAUAAUAUCUCUAGGCAGAAGAGUAAUUGACGAGGCCUUGAAGAAGCUAAUGAUGAGAAAUUCAGAGAUUUCGAGCAUUGGAAUCGCCGACUUAGGUUGCUCCUCCGGCCCGAACAGUCUCUUGUCCAUCUCCAACAUAGUUGACACGAUCCACAACUUGUGUCCUGACCUCGACCGUCCAGUCCCUGAGCUCAGACUCUCUCUCAACGACCUCCCUAGCAAUGACUUCAACUACAUAUUUGCUUCUUUGCCGGAGUUUUAUGACCGGAUUAAUAAUAACAAGGAUGGUUUAGGGUUUGGUCGCGGAGAAGGAGAAUCGUGUUUUGUGUCAGCCGUCCCUGGCUCGUUCUACGGACGUUUGUUUCCUCGCCGGAGCCUUCACUUUGUGCAUUCUUCUUCUAGUUUACAUUGGUUGUCUCAGGUUCCAUGUCGUGAGGUGGAGAAGGAAGACAGGGCGAUAACAGCUGAUUUAGACAACAUGGGGAAAAUAUACAUAUCAAAGACAAGUCCUAAGAGUGCACAUAAAGCUUAUGCUCUUCAAUUCCAAACUGAUUUCUUGGUUUUUUUGAGAUCGCGAUCUGAGGAGAUGGUCCCGGGAGGACGAAUGGUUUUAUCGUUCCUUGGUAGAAGCUCGCUGGAUCCCACAACCGAAGAGAGUUGCUAUCAAUGGGAACUCCUAGCUCAAGCUCUUAUGUCCAUGGCCAAAGAGGGUAUAAUCGAGGAAGAGAAGAUCGAUGCUUUCAACGCUCCUUACUAUGCUGCAAGCUCCGAAGAGUUGAAAAUGGUGAUAGAGAAAGAAGGGUCCUUUUCGAUCGAUAGGCUCGAGAUAAGUCCGGUUGAUUGGGAAGGUAGGAGUAUCAGUGAGGAGAGUUAUGACCUAGUAGUAAGGUCCAAACCUGAAGCCCUAGCUAGUGGACGAAGAGUGGCUAAUACUAUAAGAGCCGUGGUCGAGCCGAUGCUAGAACCUACAUUCGGUGAAAAUGUGAUGGACGAGCUUUUUGAAAGGUAUGCAAAGAUCGUGGGAGAGUACUUCUAUGUAAGCUCGCCUCGAUACGCUAUUGUUAUUGUUUCGCUCGUUAGAACCGGUUGAUCGUGAUAUAACAUAUGCCUAUAUAUAUACAUGUCUUUGGACCUACAAUGACAUGAUUUGUAAGUUUUCUAAUCAAGUAUACUGUAUAUGUAAUAUCAUUUGCUUCGAGAAUAAAACAAUAAAAUAGAGUGUGAUUUUA